UACAAAUAAAAUCAAACGACCGGCUCUCGCUCAGUUAUCGGCCAGCCAGUCAGUUAGUUAGUAGUGUCGUUCGCUGAAUUCGCGAAGAUACAGAUAGACGCAAGUACGGGAGUGGCCAAAUAAACAGUGAAACAUGCAGUGCCCGGAGGAUCCCGACGAGACGAUGCUGAUGAAAACUCUCAUCAAGAGCAACCCUCGAGUGACGCACUACUAUAGAGAACUCUUUAAUAAAUGUGAUAAGAAUCGAGACGGAUAUAUAAGCUUCAAGGAACUACAAAAGUUCGCAGAGAAUCACGAGGAGCACAAAUUUCCUGACAAAGUGAUAAAGGCGAUCCACAAAAAUUUCGACCGCAACGGCGACGAACUUUUGGAUUUUGAAGAAUUUCUCGAAAUGAUAAAUAAUCCGAAAGUGACUAAGAUCUUUAAGAGAAUUAGAAGUAGGUACAUAAAAUUCGUGGUGACGUCCCCAACGAAGAAACUGGUAAGACUGCAGAGUACCCUGUCCAACACCGGCCUCUAUGAGGAAGAACUGACAUGCAAAGCAUACACGGUGGGGAUGCUGAUUCUAUCGGCAGUUCAAAUAACCUUUUAUUACAUUAAUUUAAGUCUUAAAACUAAGGAAAGCGAAGAAGGUCCCAUCGAAAUGGCACUGAAGUUCACACCUUACAGAAAAGAGGAAAUAUGGCGUUACGUUACGCAUAUCUUCGUCCAUUCUAGUCCCUACCACUUGUAUCCCAAUUUGUUCAUACAAAUUCUAAUCGGCAUUCCACUGGAGAUGGUGCACAGUUGGAGGGUCUUGGUGAUCUACGUCGCUGGGGCUCUAGGAGGGUGCUUGGCGCACUCUGUCAUCGUUCCCCAUUCGGAAUUAGUGGGGGGAAGUGGUGGAUUCUACGCCUUCUACACUGCACAUAUUGCCACAGUAAUAAUGAACUGGAGGGAAAUGAGCCACCCAGCAGUACAACUGAUACUCUUCGGCAUCAUGACGAUAUUCGAUCCGAUAUACAACUACGUCAUCAUGAAGAACCUGGGGGACGUAAGCUACAUUGCCCAUUUGGGGGGCACCGUCGUCGGGCUGCUCUUGGGAGUGAACAUCCUGAGGAAUUUGAAAGAAACGAAAAACGAGAGGGUCGUGUGGUACAUAUGCAUAGUCACUUACUUUUUGCUCAUGUCUGUAUUUAUCGUUUUAAGUAUAAUAAUAAAUCGUUACUGUUCUCUUUCUUGA